AUGGCACCCGCAGUCCGCCGGCCCGUACGCGUGGGCGGUGCCUCAGGCGGCUUCUCCGACCGGGUCCGAGCCAUCGCAUCCCUAGCCAAAGACGACGUCGAUGUCAUAGUAGGAGACUGGCUCUCCGAAAUGACAAUGACCAUGCACGGUACCGGGAAGCUCAGAAAUAAAGAGCAAAUGCUUCAAGCUCGCUCAUUCGAGGAGAAGCUCAACUAUGCCAUGUUCGCUGAGAACUUCAUGGAUUGCUUCACUCCUGCGAUUCAGGAUAUAGCUACCCGUGGUAUCAAGGUUUGUGUCAAUGCGGGUGCAUCUGAUACUGAGUUGUUGGCUCAGCUUGUGGAAAAGACUUGCAAAGAAGCUGGGUAUCCGAUGAAGGUUGCUUGGAUUGAAGGUGAUGAUGUUACUGGUACUGUUAAGAGCAUGUUGGAUAAGGGCGAGGGGUUCAAGAGCUUGAUGCAUGAUAAAUCGGUGUCUGAAUGGGGUCUGGAGCCUGUUUGUGCGCAAUGCUAUCUUGGUGGAUUGGGGAUUGCGAGAGCACUGAGUGAAGGCGCUGACAUUGUCAUCGCUGGUCGUGUCUCGGAUGCUUCGCCCAUCAUUGGUGCCGCUGCAUGGUGGCACGAAUGGACGAGUGAUCAAUUCGAUGAACUGGCUGGCUCUCUAUUAAUUGGUCAUCUCCUGGAAUGUGCCGCAUACGUAUCCGGUGGCUACUGCUCUGACUUUCGCAAUCUCCUGGCCCAUGGACAUCUUACUGUUCGUGCUGACAACUUACUAGGUAAGCACAUCAACAUGGGCUUCCCGAUCUGCGCAAUCGAUAACAAAGGCGAGGGGGUGAUGUACAAGGAGAAGAAUACGGGCGGCUGCAUGACAGUCAACUCAGUAACAUCCCAGCUUCUCUACGAGAUCCAAGGCCCACUAUACUACAAUUGCGACGUCACCGCAGACUUGACAGACAUCAAGAUCGAACAGAUCGGCGAAGACCAAGUCAAAGUCUCCGGCAUCAAAGGCCUCCCACCACCCCCGACAACCAAAGUCGGUAUCACAGGCUUCGCGGGCUGGCAAGCUGAAUACCACAUCUACCUCGUCGGGCUGCACAUGGAAGAGAAAUGCCGCUGGAUCGAAGAGCAAAUCCGAUACGAACUGGGCCCAGAGCUGAUCAAGAAGUUCGACGUCCUAAAGUUCAUGCAAAACGGGUCCUCCGUCAUCGAUGCCCGCAACCAGGACGUUGCUACAGUCGAUUUCCGAGUCUUCGCCCAAUCUCGCGAUAGAGAACUACUCAAUAUGCGCAACCCCAAGGGCUUCUUCCGCAUCUCCAUGGUAAACUUCCUCAUGUCGUGUCCAGGCGCGUCACUUGGCAACGACGUGCGGCAAGCAGAAGGGAAACCAUACUACGAGUACCAUCCUUCUCUACUCCUGCAAUCCGCCCUCAAACAACGCGUACAUUGUAUCUGGGAUGGUGAGAUAGCAAAUGGAUUUGCGGAUGGCAAGAAGGUAAUCGAUACGCCCCUCGCACCCGAAUUCCGCGAGUACCCUCGUCAACAGCCCUCCUACGAAACUACAUCACCCAUCCCACUUGACCACUUUGGGCCUACGAUCCGCCUCCCCCUUGGCUCUAUAGUCCUCGGUCGCUCAGGCGACAAGUGCUCAGACGCCAACGUUGGUUUCUUCGUAAGGCAUGCCGAUGAGUGGGAGUGGUUGCGUAAUUUCCUCACCAUCGACAAGGUUAAAGAGUUGCUAGGGCCGGAUGAAUACAAAGGCAAGCCGAUUGAUCGGUUUGAGAUGCGGAAUGUGAAGGCGGUGCACUUUCUGUUGCAUGAUCAUUUGGAUCGCGGGUAUGAUGCUUGUAGUACUUAUGAUACGCUGGGUAAGAACGUUUGUGAGUAUCUCAGAGCGAGGAGCGUGGAUCUGCCAGUGAGGUUCGUGGAGAGGGGGGUGCUGUAG